AUGCUGCAUUUGACUAGUUUAUCAUCGACUCAAAAAGGUCAAAUAAGAAAUGCUUUUACUUUGAUAGAUGGAGAAUCUAGAGACUCCACUAUAACCAAAGACGAUUUGGUAAAACUAUAUUCAACUUUGGGUUUACCCUCCCCUUCAGAAUCACAAUUAACAGAGAUGCUAACGGUAGAUGGACAGGAUAAGUCUCAAACAGGGAUCAAUUUCACUCAAUUCCUGAACAUCAUGGCCAAAGAAUUACUGAAAUUUGAGGACCAAUCAAUAAUCUAUAACGCCCUUAAAGUAUACCUGGACAAAGAGAAUUUGAAAACAUUCAAAGAUGAAUUACAAAUAGAUGUAAACAAACUUAAAGAUGCUUGUUGUUCUGUACAAUUGGGAGAAAUAGGGUCAGGAGAUCAUAGAUUAUCAAGAGCUAAAUUUGAUAAAUUGGUUGAAGGCUUUGUACAAGAACAAAUGGAUGGUACACAAAUAUUUUUGGCAUCCAAGUGGAUUGAUGCAUACAUUGAUUAA